UUCUCUUCUUUGCGCAAUUCUCUUUUACUUCUUGGUACCGUGCGUUGCAUUUGAGCGGGAAACGCAUUUGGAAAAUAGUUGAUUUUUGCGAAUUAUUAUAGUUUUACAGUCAAACCAAAGCCAUGGAACUACCGGACUACCUCAUCCGGUUCUAUGCCAAGGACGAGCAAUUGCUGAUGGAAAAUACCGAAGACAGCCAGAGGGAAUUCAUUUUAGAACUAUAUUCGAAAUCCAAGGUCACCGUUGAGGAUCUGCAGCGUAAUCACACCCCCGAAGAGGUGAGAGAGUUGUGUGUUCGUACAAAAUUACGCGUCAACAUGACAUACCUCAACUCGGUGUGGGACGCCAAAAAGCUGCUGAACAAGACGAAUUGUCUGGACAAUCUUUCGGAGAGCUCCAUCAAUAGAGAACUCGUCAAGUGUGUGCACAGCAAAAUGGUGCAGACAUACACGGACGAAGAUGUAGCCAAUGCCAAUCGCGUAGCCAAAAGCGAGCUGAAAAGGGCUAACAACAUUCGUCUAGAUCGUUGGAAGCGUCAGCGUGAGUGCCUAUCCCCGAGGGCUACAAGUUCUUCACUCUCUACCUUGUCUGACACUCCUUCAGAAGACUCGUUCUUUCAACGGCCAGCGACCCCAGAGUUUUCGAGCUGGGAUGAGUCGGACACUGACGAAAAUCAGCAAGACCAUCCGAUGGAUAGUGUGCUCUAUAUAAAGAAAGAGCCGAAAUGGUGAGGCACUGAGCUGGUCGACGAUGGCGAUUUGACACGCGGCCCUUCAAGGCAAUUCUGAGAACAUGUCCCUGGAGUAGGGCAGUCUGCAGUCACAGUCGCAGCCAGUUACAUCAAGCAUUGAGUAUUUCAAUGAUUGAAGCCAUGAAUUCAGGAAAUUCAAGUUUAUUGAUUAAUAAUUAAUAUUACUUUUAAUUUAGUAUAUAUAUAUUAUAUACAUAUAAUAUAUUUUGUUUUGCUCUAUGAGUGAUUGAACCCAUGUCG